AUGAUGCAGAGAUGGAACAGAAAAAGAUCUCAUUUUCCUCUAUUAGCAUUUGUCUUGCUUGUCUUUAUUGGUUGUUCAAUUCUCUAUAACGAAAGUAGCAUUCAAGAAAUCCAAGAUAGCGAAGUUCAUGUCUCUCAUAAACAAGAAGAAACUGCAUUUACUUACAUAAAACCAAAUCUUGGUACCCAUUCCGGGCGAAUUCCAGAGUUUCUGGAUAGGUUUGUUCGAUGCAACUCGACUAGGGAAUACAGUGGUAAGAAAAUCCAGUGGGUUGACCCGAAACCGAAAGUGGGUCGCCGUGGAGAAAGUUUAGAGAGGUGUGAUGUGUUCUCAGGCAAAUGGGUAUUUGAUAAUAAAUCAUAUCCUCUUUAUAAUGAAUCGGAUUGUCCGUACAUGUCUGACCAAUUGGCAUGUCACAAGCAUGGAAGGUCUGAUUUGGGAUACCAAUACUGGAGGUGGCAACCUCACAACUGCAAUAUGAAGAGAUGGAAUGUGAAUGAAAUGUGGGAGAAGUUGAGAGGGAAGAGACUGAUGUUUGUGGGGGAUUCACUAAAUAGAGGGCAAUGGAUAUCAAUGGUGUGCUUGUUACAGUCGGUGAUUCCCGCAGAUAAGAGAUCUAUGUCACCAAAUGCUCCUCUUACCAUUUUCAGGGCAGAGGAGUACAAUGCCACUGUGGAAUUUCUCUGGGCUCCACUUCUUGUUGAUUCUAAUUCUGACGACCCUGUGAAUCACAGAUUGAAUGAGAGGAUAAUCCGUCCUGAUUCAAUUCUAAAGCAUUCAGCAAAGUGGGAGCAUGCUGAUAUAUUAGUAUUCAACACAUACUUGUGGUGGAGACAAGGCCCCGUUAAGCUAUUAUGGAGUGAUGAAGAAAAUGGAGCUUGUGAAGAAUUAGAUGGAUUAGGAGCCAUGGAGUUGGCCAUGGGAGCCUGGGCUGACUGGGUAGCUUCUAAGGCUAAUUCCCAUGAGAAACAGAUUUUCUUUGUUACCAUGUCUCCAACACACCUCUGGAGCCGGGAAUGGGAGCCUGGAAGUGAAGGAAAUUGCUACAAUGAGAGGACCCCCAUUGACUGGGAUGGCUACUGGGGUAGUGGUUCCAACUUGCCUACUAUGCGCAUGGUAGAAAAGAUCCUGACAAGAUUGGGUUCAAAGGUUUCUGUUCUCAACAUCACUCAGUUAUCAGAGUAUCGAAAGGAUGGCCACCCUUCUAUCUACCGAAAAUUCUGGGAGACAUUGAGCCCCGAACAGCUGUCCAAACCAACGACUUAUUCUGAUUGCAUACAUUGGUGCUUACCUGGUGUACCUGAUGUAUGGAAUGAAUUGGUAUUCCAUUUUUUGUAAAGCAAAUAUAUCCUUUGAGCUAUUAGCAGUUUCAAAUAGCAAUAGCCAGGAAUUUUAGUGAGGCUCAUGUGCAUUCCUGUUGGCAACUAGCAAUUGCUGCUUUAAAUUCUUGACUCUUUAGAAAAAUUGAUUGCAAAGAACAAGUGAUAUUCUAGUGAGCAAGUGGUUAUAGCCAAGGAAGAGUUCUUGUCCUGUACAAGUACCGAUCGUGUAAUAUACAUAGAGUGGCUUACACAAA